ACUACAGUUUGCCUUCUCGACUGCACGGCAGGAUAAUGAUAGGUAACUAAAUCGUUGAUUAAUUCACUCCCGUGAACUGCAAAUAAAAGCUGCGGAUAAAGUGUCAAGUUGUUCUUUGAAUAACGCAAACCGCUACUUCAGCGUCCGACGAAGGGAUUUAGAGUUAUACUGCGGUCCAUUCGCCAAGUCAAACUGUUCAAUUUGGGGAGUUUUCCACACAAAAUGUUUAUUGCCCGACGGCGUCUCCUCUGCGCGUGCACGGCAGUGUCAUUGAUUUCAUCUGGACAAAUCGGUCUAAUGGAUACUGUAUGAUCUGAAAGAAAGGUGCUUGUUUUAUAAUGUGUCCUGGAGUCUAUUGAAUAACUGGCUGACGUGGGGAUCACGCAGGGGGGCUGGCCGAAAAAGGAGAGCCACGGACGGGCAGAGGGGCUGCGCAGCCGUGCGUCUGGGAUUACAGUAAACACAGCUGGUUUCUUCAAUAACCUGAUAGGCUUUGAUGAUAGAAUGCAGUCGCUAGCAUACAAAACGCGAAGGAAACUAUGUAGCACUUCUUCUUGUAGGGGUUUUGAGACGCUCAGACUGACCAUUGCCUAUAAAGUUCAUGGAUGUUUACCUCAGUAAAUGAUCUGGAAGUUUGUAAAGUUUGAAAGGGGCACAGACCACUGCUCUAUGCACUUUGUUUUUUAUUAUCUGACGCCUUUUAAGAGUGCUGCCAAAGAUGGUUGAGAACCGAUGCUUUGUUCAGAGAGAGGAGGUUUACCGCUGGUUCUCUGUGUUGAGUUCGGCGCAAAGGGCUGAGUUUCUCUGCGGCCUUUUAGACCUCUGCAUUCCCAUUGAGCUGCGCUUCCUCGGCUCGUGUUUGGAAGAUCUGGCCAGAAAAGACUACCACUCUUUGAGGGAUGCCGAAAUUAAAGCCAACAACCCAGCUGACCUCGCCAACCUGGCCAACAUCACGGAUGAGGUGGUUAGGAGCAAGCUGCUGGUCUCCCUCGCGCUGCUCAGCUCGGACAACCGCGUCGCGGCGGGAGUUUUGUUUCGGACCCUCACUCACAUCGACACCAUCAUUAACAACUACGGACUUCAGCUUAACGAUGGCCAGACCGGAGAGCAGUUUUUGCUCCUCUUCACAAUGGCCUCAAACCAUCCCGCGUUUAGUUUUCAUCAAAAGCAGGUGCUGAGGCAAGAGUUGACACAGAUUCAGGAGAUCCUUCAGGUGACAGUUGGAGAGGCGCCGUCGACGUCACACGGGGGCGGGGCCAGUGCUGCUUCUGUUCCAAACGUGAGCGCGACCCCGACCUUUUCUUCCUACAUCACCGCAUCCACCUUCAACUCCUGCCAGGCCGGAUGUCCGUGCAGUAAGACUGGGCAGCGUGAGGUCACAGGAGGUCAGACGGAUGACAACUUGAGUUCUGAGAUCAUGCCACCAAGUCCAUCACUCUUGUGCCAGGAAAUGCCACUCAAAAUGCAUGUCGGAAAACCCAGCAAAGUGUACGUUGAAAGAAUUGAGCUAAGAGGAGUUGCAUCCAAAUCGGACAAGUCAACCGAAUACAUCCUAGAGGCCUUGUGGUCCGACUCUACUUUAUCGACUGUCAGCAAAACCCCUCAAGAAGUAGCGGAUUUGAUCUCUCAGCUCUCUCAGCUCUUUCCUGAUGAAUGUCUGGAGAAGCUUCUGCCUCAGAUGCCUGGACUUGAUUCCACUCAUGAACUAGAUCCACGAUGCUUGACCUCACUUCCGCCUCAAGUUCUCAAACAUGAUAAAGUCCGUUUCUUCUUCAGCACUUCAUCCCCACCACAGCUUCCAGCCAGCACAAAUCUGAGCUGUUUGCUCCAGUAUAGAGGAGCUAGUCGGCCUAUUUGUGGUGUGGCCAGCAUCCAGCCUGUCCUGAGUAUCCACACACCCCUUCAGCAGAGCUCCCCUGCCCACCUGCCACCUCUCCCUCCACAGACAGCAGUCGCCAUCCUUCCUGGUGCUGCUGUGCCCAUCAAUGAUGCCAAUACACCACAGACGCACCUCUCAAACCCUGCGGCCCAACCACAACAGCCUAGUCCAGAGCAGAACGGCAUCCUGGACUGGCUCCGCAAACUGCGCCUGCACAAAUACUACCCUGUCUUCAAACAGCUCACUAUGGAGGAGUUCCUCGCGCUCACAGAAGAGGAUCUAAACAAGUACGACCUAACUCAGGGGGCCAAGAAGAAACUAAAGACUCAGCUGGAGCUUCAGAAAGAGAAGCUGGAGAAGAGAUAUGUCGUUUCUCAGUUUCCUGUUUCCUGUGGUGGGGUUGCGAGAGUGAUGCCUUCCAGUCACAUCGGACCCCUGACACAUGCACACCCUGGAAGUGGCACCGAGCUACAGGUAGAUGUGGAAAACAGCUCAUUACCCAUUCCACGGGACAGCAGUUCCUCCUCAGGCUAUUCCAGUGCUCCUUCCAGUCCAAUGACCCCUUUAUCACGUGACACUUCCUUUGACCGGGUUAAAGACCCUCAUAGACGUUUGGAGUCUUGUUUGGAUUCUGGAGAGAAAGAGAGGUCAUGCUUUCUUCUCAAUCCUGCAGGUCCCAGCCGUCCCACUGCCCAAGUCCUCCCGGUCCAGAACGAUCCCUCGCUGUGUCCCUCCCAAAUGAGUUUACCUCCACCCUCUCUUCCCCUCCUCUCUCCAGGCCGAGUUCUCAGCUGUCCUCGGAAACCUCGUCCACCCCCAUUAUGUCAAGAAGAACGUCCAAAACCAAUGGGUUCUGGGGUUCCUGUGGGUGUCCGGCUCGAGAACAUCUUCCCUGGUUUGAAUCUUGAUGGUUCUCAGGGGCACCAAGAUAUCCCGGGCCCCAGAGGGUCACUUACUGUGCUCCGUUCCCCUCCAGGUCUCAUGGUGGAGACCAGCACUUCUCUCACCUCCACAUCUAACACCCUCCACCACGUCUCCCACCCACCCUUACACCUACAAGUGUCUUCUUCAGUUCCCCGCACAGGAUCCUACCCGUUCUCCACCCCAUCAUCCUGUCUGUCAUCAAGUUCCUCCACCAGACCCUCCUUCUCAUCUGUUAGUGGAGUACCAAUAGCAACGGCUAACAGUGUUCCCAUGGCAGCGGUACCUGGCAACACUUACUGUGUAAACAAUACACCCACAAUUACGCCCUGUUCUAGCCCAGCCUCCACAGAGAAUAGCGGCUACGUCUCGGUGCAAGCGAACAGUGCUAACUCCAGUUCCUCUUUGUGCGUUUGUAGCUCUUGUGGUUGUAGCGGCAACUGUGGCUCCUAUGGGGCACUUCCGGCAAGCUACGCCGGGUACUUUCCACAUCCAUUUUCAGGAACAUCAGUAUUCACUUUAGGUCCAUUGCUUCAUUUUAGUCCACUCCUUACUGGAAGUGGCACCGCCUCCCCUUUUUCAUACCCGUUGGUGGCCCCACCUAUUUACAACAACAGCCUAUCACAUGACUCACAACAGAAUCUUGUGCUUCCACCAGUGCAGGGGUUUCUUGGGGGAGGAGGCGGUGUCUACCAGCCCCAUGGAAUGAUGGGAAACGGAAGCGCCGGACAUAAGAAAACAGGGAAUGUGUCUUGCUAUAACUGUGGGCUGAGUGGGCAUCAUGCACAAGACUGUAAACAGCCAGCAAUGGACUCUGCACAACAAGGGACGUUUCGUCUGAAAUACACCCCGCAGUCAGACAGUCAGGACUCAGGGGACUAACUGAUGUGUAAGAACUGGUUUGGACCCGCACCUUCCUCAGUGUGUAAAAACACUUGACGUGAGACGCCGCUGAGCAAAGAUGUUACAGUAUCACUUUAGAGGAACAUCGACUGAUCAAGUUUGAUGAGUUGCGUCGUCAGAUGAAAACCUCAUGCCAAUAAAAUAAAUAAAUCACCUCACGGUGGAUGUUUGUAAAGGGAUGCUUAAAGAAGACUGCACUUUUUGGUGUUCUUCAUGCUGUUCGUCUCAUCAGUCAACAUUUGGCACACUUGGAAGCAAAACCGAUUUUGCUCGCCAAAUAAUAUGCAAUGAUGGCCAAAGUCGUUUUGCUCAUGGUGUGACUACACAUCCACCUUUUGGAAUAUGAGACUGCCUUUCUUUUUGUUCUGGAAACUCAGAAAAGAAGGGGAAAUUGUGGAAAUGGAGAGAGUCACUUUUUUAGCUUUUGGCUACAGGAAGUCUUUGUAAUCGUCAUGUGUUUUUCGUAUGAUCCCAUUUGUUGUAAUCCAGGUUUUUCUAAACGUUUGCUACUUUUGAAUCAUAUUUUGUAUUACUUGUUCUCUUCAAGUCGAUGUGACGCUGAAAUAAAAAAGGUUUAUACAGUCAAUGCACUUAAGACCGCUGAAGUUGUGCUUUUUAAUUGUAUUUUUAUUGAUACUCAUAAAAACCAAAAAACUGCUUCACGGAUGAAUCAACUUAGAACUGGGUAAUAUAGGAAAAUGUUUUAUUAGAAUCACACAGCUAUGUCCAAAUCGCAUUUCCAUGUUUUACAAUGGGCCAAAACUGCAAGUGUCAUCUUAAUAAUAAUAAUAAUAAUAAUAAUAAUAAAUAAAUAGUUUCCUAGUUACAAAGUGCUCAAAAGUAUUGAAAAACUCUUGGAAAAAAAAAAGCCUGUUUAGCCAGUAGAUGCCAUUCCAUUGUCAUUGUCGAAUGUGUUUCAAAACAAAUUGUGAUAUUUAUUAUCUGCGUUCAUUUGGUUGAACAUUUGUUUGUUUAAAAUACAACUAUCUUGAGGCUGCUGGCUGUGCAUGUUGCCUGGUUAUGAAUUAUUACAUGCUGUAUGUAUUAUGUUUGGUAUCGCAGGAGAGCUUUUGACCUAAAUUGACAAUGCUGACGCAGCCAUGUUUGUAUUCUGAGUUGAAUGUUUAAUGAAGUUUGUUGAUUCUUUUUUUGUUUAAUGUAUCAUUUUGACACUUUAUAAAAAAAGUAUUAAAAGGUUUUCGAGA